AGACAAUGUAAAAUGUGUGUACAAGGAAGCAACGAACGUUGCGUGCCUGCCCAUCUAACUCCCCUUCCAAGCGAACAUCCGUUGCACGCCACCGCCACAGCCGCGGCCGCGGCGCAGAAGCUGCACACGCACAGCACAGGACACAUGGGGGUCGUCGGCCUCGAUCUCCUCCCUUCAAAACGACUUCGUUCAAUGUCUUAAUCUCAACUCCGACCUUCCCAUCCCUAUGUCCACGUUCUACACCCAGAAGAACUCUUCUUUCGAUUCUGUCCUUCAAUCCUCGGCGCAGAAUCUGAGGUACUUGGUGACGUCCGUGCCGAAACCCGCUUUGAUCUUCACCCCACAGACUGAGGCCCACGUGCAGUCUGCCGUUAUCUGCUCGAAGCAGCUCGGGAUCCAUCUGAGGGUGCGGAGCGGAGGCCAUGACUACGAGGGCCUCUCUUACGUGUCUAUGACUGAAACACUUUUCAUUAUGAUGGACUUGGCCAAUCUUCGGUCCGUCACAGUUGAUAUUGGGGAUAAUAGUGCCUGGAUUCAGGCGGGAGCGACGAUCGGGGAGGUGUACUAUAGGAUUGCCCAGAAGAGCAAGGUCCAUGGCUUCCCCGCAGGUCUGUGCACUAGCCUGGGCAUCGGCGGCCACAUAACGGGAGGAGCAUAUGGCUCGAUGAUGAGAAAGUAUGGGCUGGGAGCAGACAAUGUGAUGGAUGCUCGAAUAGUCGACGCCAACGGCAGGAUUCUCGACCGUGCAGCAAUGGGAGAGGACCUCUUCUGGGCCAUCAGAGGUGGCGGAGGAGCAAGCUUCGGGGUCAUACUUGCAUGGAAGAUAAAGCUUGUCCCGGUGCCUUCAAUCGUGACAGUCUUCACGAUCACGAAGAGCCUCGAACAAGGCGCGACGAAGCUCGUUCAUAGGUGGCAGGAAAUAGUGGAUAAGCUCGACGAGGAUCUAUUCAUAAGGGUGAUCAUUCAACCCGCUAAUAAAGCAGGUAGCAGCGGAGGGAGAACUCUAACUACCUCAUACAAUUCUCUGUUCCUUGGAACUGCUGACAGGCUGCUCAGUAUCAUGGAGGAGAGCUUCCCGGAGCUGGGACUCACCAAGAACGACUGUAUGGAGACUAGUUGGAUCAAAUCAGUUCUGUACAUUGCCGGGUAUCCGAAUGGGACACCCCCUGAAGUCCUCCUCCAGGGCAAGUCCCUCUUCAAAAACUACUUUAAAGCCAAAUCCGAUUUCGUUAGGGAACCAAUGACCGAGACCGGGAUCGAUGGCCUCUGGAAGAGGCUGCUGGAAGAGGAUAACCCACUGAUGAUAUGGACUCCCUAUGGUGGGAUGAUGAGCAAAAUCUCCGAGUCUCAGAUCGCUUUCCCUCACAGGAAGGGCGUCGUAUUCAUGAUACAGUACCUUAGCAUAUGGUCCGACGGGGAUAAGAAUCCCGCCAAGCACAUGGACUGGGUGAGGAGGCUCUACAACUACAUGGCUCCAUACGUCUCCAAGUUCCCGAGAGAGACAUACGUCAACUAUCGGGACCUCGAUCUGGGAACGAACAAGAACACCAGCACGAGCUUCAUCCAGGCGAGCGUGUGGGGUGCGAAGUACUUCAAGGACAACUUCGACAGACUGGUGCAGGUGAAGACCAAGGUGGACCCUGAUAACUUCUUCCGACACGAGCAGAGCAUCCCACCUCUCCCGCUUUCGUUGAGGGCAACGUGGACGCAGUCGUCGUCCUAGGAUUGGCAUCGGGAUCCAUAUAAUGGACUAAUUUUUUCAGAGCAUUCGGGGAACACAAAGUUUGGCAGUCAAGAAAUUCGAUGAAUCUCUCCACGCAACCAUACAUACUUUGUAAUAUGUAAAAUCUCUUCUGUUUAUACAUAAUCUUUGAUUGACAUUCAAGAUAUCACGUUAAAGUAUGUUAUUGUUAGAGGAAUGUUAUUUCUAGGAAACUCUGUUUAAUUUGUGAUUUCAAUAGUUUUUAUGACAGUUUGGGUUUGCAUAUACUACAUGCCAUGGUACUUGUUAAGGGUGGCCCAUGGGACUUGCCCACUUGUUAAUUGUUAUUUUUAAUUAAAAAAACUAUAAAUUCGGUCCA